UAGUCUGUCUUAAUGGGUCACAAAGAUAACGUUGUAGAAAAUGAUAAAACUGUAUUUAAAUACGAUGUGUUAGGUGAGUUUUGAAGGAUUACGAACUAUACUAAAAUGGAUAAAUAAACAAGAACUGAAAGGAAUUGUAUAUACACUUUGGUGCUGACUAUCUGGAACCUGUUGACAUAAGGAAAUGAAAAUAAUAACGAUUAGAUGAUAUAUAUGUUUGUGGAGAAGGGUACUUAAAAGGAAGCAGGUUAAUGUGAGAAAUUCUAAGAGAUAUAGUUUGAGGUCAGAACAUCACCAUCAGGAAGAUGAAACAGAAUGUACAAAACAGUCAUUCGAAGACGGCAUUUCUUCUGAUCUUUAUCAUACUUUUUCUAUUAUCUUUUAUUUUAGGAAGAUACAGUUCAACAAUACCUGUAUCAAACAUUGGCACAAAAGAAUGGUUUCCUCUGCCGCAGAACAAACAACGUCCAACACAAACGUACAAGAACAUACACGACACAAUACAGAAGACGAGAAAAGAGGAAAUACAUGCAUAUUGUAGAGCCACCGGUGUCCCGAAGCCAGCAGCAAACGAUUCUGUGCAACUGAUUUUUAAUAACAAAUAUAACAUCAGCUAUCUUGAUAUACCAAAAAUUGGAUCCACUUUCAUUAAGCAAAUGUUUUCUGUUCUAGAAAUCGGUCCAUCAUAUGCGAAAGACAAUUUUAGCAUACCACGUAGCAUUGUUCAUAAAAAAUUCUUAGAUCAAGGAAAACAAUUUUAUUUCAACAGUACAUUAGACAAAAUGUUGACUAUUGUCGCGGUACGAAAUCCCUACUCCAGAUUAUUUGCUACAUUUGUUGAUAAAGUGUAUUUGCCAAACAAAAUCAAUUUGGUUUCUAAUAUUACUGCCUACAAGCAAAGGCACAUCUCGCGAGAUCUUGUAAAUAAUUCGAGAGCUAAUCAGGGCAAUUCACGUGGACUAUCACUCACUUUUCAGGACUUCCUCAAUUAUGCAUUAGACCCUUCGAUAAAGAACAAAUCACUUUUUAAUCAUUACGGUCCAUGCUUUCCACAACUGAAAUAUCUUAUAUGUAACUCUAAUGCUUAUAGUGUAGUUAAACAAGAAACCUUUGAAACUGAUAUAAAGUACGCCCUACAAGCGGUUGGUGUGGACAAAGCGGAGCAUGAAACAUAUUAUACCAUAAUAAAAUCACUUCAUGAUUCGCGUAUUGAAGACUCAAUACCAGGUAUUAUAAAAGUUACAUUUGACAAUGCCAAAAAAUAUGUUAAAAUAUGGACCGGACGAAUUGUAGCUACGAGACUCUGGCAUUCAUUUCAAAUUCAGGGAUUUAUCAGUAAACAUAUUCCUUUUCCAGAAAAGUAUUUUGAAUCUGAAUCGACAUAUUCGAAUGUAAGUUUUGUUUUAAACGUUUUCCUUCGUGAAAUGAAAGGAAGAAUGUUGUCUCGAACAGAAACAUUUGACCAACGAAAGGAGAUAAUGCUAAAUGCUUACAAGCAAUUGUCUACAAAUGUUAUACAAAAUAUACAACGCACGUAUAAUGAUGAUUUCAAAGCUUUCGGAUAUGAUAAAACAUUGACAUAAAAUACCAAUGUGGCUUUAAAUAGAACUGAAAUGUGGAUGCAUUUGGGUAUUUAAGAGACGGAUGCUUUUUAAACACUUAAAAAUGUAGUGUCUUUUGAAUGAACUGUGUUACGACUGGAAAGUGAUAUUCGUCCGCCAACGACAUCAGAAAACACAUCCAUCCGCGAGAAUACAUUUUUGCUUUUGCCUUUGUAAGACUAAACAUUUUACUUACAAAAGGUGAAAUAAUUGACAUUAUGAAAUGUAUUGGCAGUAAAGAAUGGAUCUGGCGAGUUUCAGUUUUGU